CAGUCCUAAAGGAAAAGGUGGACCAUUAGAAAACUAUUACUAAUUAGUUUUAAUAAACGACGGCAAACCCAGCGAGAAGAUUUACUGAAAUCGUCAGAUAGCAACAAAUUCAACAUCGAAAAUGGUAUGCAAGAUUACCGUGCCUUGAAUACGACCGGAAGUGGGGACAUUUUGUGUAACGUUAUCGCCUUGAGGGCGCCUUGACUUCGACUGCUCAACUUCCUACUUUCAUUCAACAUAGCGCCUGGUUAGAUAUUUAAGACAUCUGCGGCAUCGCGUGGGAGAAAUCUUUAUAUAUUUACCUCUGUUACAUCUGACAUUAUGGCUGACGGUGAGAUGGCAAAAGGACGAAGCCUCCGAGAAGGAAUCGUACAAAAGAGAGGGAACGUUUUCAAGAAAUGGCGAUUUCGCUACCUCGUCCUAACCAGGGAUACUUUAUGCAUUUUUAAAAAGGAAGAAGACGAGAAGCGAGGUAGAACCGAGGGAAGAAUCUUCGUGAUGGAUAUUGCAGAUAUCGAUAAGUAUAAUUCUAAGAAGAAAGACUUCAGUUUCUAUUUGGUCGCCGAAGGACGGACGUAUUAUUUUUGUUGCGCGUCAGAAAUUGAUCGCGAGCUAUGGAUGCGUGCCAUCAAAUCUGCACGUUCAGCGGAGUAUAAAGAAGAAGAAAACGACCCUAUACGACGUAAAAGUAUGAAACUAACUGGGGGCCUGAAAAGAAUAACUAUUCAGAAAGAAAAGGGCAGAGGUUUGGGAUGUACAAUUAAGUGUAUUGGAGGUGUAAUAUUUGUCAAUCGGAUCCUAGAAGACGGUGCCGUCUCAUCGAGUGGAGUCCUCCGACCAGGUGACCAGUUACUGGACAUAAAUGGAAUCGAUCUCGCGGGGCGCACGAUUGAAGAAGUCAGCGAAAUUAUCAAAUCAUGCACGGAUCGCGUCAUAUGUACUGUCAAACCCUCGACAGACUUCCGGUACGUGGAUACCCAUAAAACACCGGACACCGACUAUGCCGAGCUCGAUCUAUCGUCGCUUAAGGCCAGAACUGGGAGCGAUAGCUCCGCUGAGACCCACAAUGAAGAGAGGCUUAAUAGACAUGGGCAUAAAAGAGGAAGUACAUCUUCAUCAGACACAGGCGGCACCCCUACAAAUGAUGCCUCCCAAAAUUCACCCCCUCGGUAUGAGGAGCCUGGUUAUGAUGAUAUAGUCCCCAUUGAUGAAAAGAGACUAUCCCUACCUCUCCCCCCACGUGAGCCUAUUUCCCCCAAGCAACAAGAAGACGCACUUAAUUAUCUGGAGUUGAAUUUUCACCCUGAUAGACAACGUGAACGUUCACGUGUACACAGUGAAGGUCCACCUAGACCAACCAGUAAGAAACCAGUUUUAAAACUAGUUUCACAGGAAAAGCAACCUGCUAUUGAAGGACAAAAUCCAGGUACAACGAAAGAGAUACAAAAUGACGAAGAAGGAAAAGCAACCAAGAAAUACGAGAUUCCUGCAUAUGCCUACAUUGAACUCGACUUCAACGAUGAAAUGGGGUCUGGUAAAAAGCCGGCGACUCUUCCUAAGCCUUCCUCGAAUUUACGAGAAACACAAGAAGCACAAAGAACUGGGACACUUCCUAAGUAAUUAAAUGAUUAGAAUGUGUCACUCAAGUAGUCAUGGUAACGUUAAUAACAGGCAAAGAAACGUUAAUUUUACAUUUGAUGGAAAUGCUAGCUGUUAUCCCUCGAGACUUUGCUGCUUUUUCUUUCUUACUCCACGGUUUGCUUGUCCUACUUUCAUCUGACAUGUGGGCUUGCUCCAGGCCAGCUCCAGGCGUUUUUAUUAAUCCGGGUCUCUGAUAGAGCUCCCUGUGGUCGGUGAGGUCUUGGGCUUGUCCCAGACUCCAUGUUGCUUCACGGUUCAUCUCUUAGGACAGGGAACCCGAUAAUAACGCCUAGGUCUAGGCCGGGUUUUCUUGAUAUCUUUGAGGGAUAAAACUCUUUCCCUGAGAUAUCAAAUGAUCGGAACGUUUUUUUCUGGCAGAACAAAAAAUAAUAGAAACUAUAGUGGUUUCCAAAAAUCCCGUGAAAUACUCAAAUGUGACUACCUUUUGCUUAGUGUUGGUUUCUUUGUUCUCUUGUGAAUGUCUUUACCUUGUUUUCACAGAUUUUUGAAAACCACUUAGAUAUUCCAUGAACCGUAUUUCCUAAACUGCAUUAUCUCGCUUGCCUUUUACCUAAAGAUUGAUAUUUUAAACUGAUUACGACUAUUUAUAUAGAGUGAAACCAAUUAUAUGUAAUAUGAUAACAGAAAUAAAAUAAAUUAUCAAUGAUCUACAAAAAAAA